AUGGAACUGCUUUUUGGACGAAAGAAAACUCCAGCAGAAAUGCUUCGGCAACAUCAACGCGCGCUACAGAAAGCGCAGCGUGAGCUGGACCGUGAGCGUGUCAAACUUGAACAACAAGAAAAGAAGCUUAUUAUGGAUAUAAAGAAAUCGGCCAAAGCAAACCAGAUGAAUGCAUGCAAAAUUAUGGCCAAAGAUUUGGUUCGAACGCGUCGUUAUUCAUCCAAAUUCCAAGCAAUGAAAACACAACUUCAGGCAGUUUCUUUGCGUAUUCAAACUCUAAGAUCAAAUCAGCAAAUGGCUGAGGCAAUGAAAGGUGCAACUAAGGCUAUGAAAUCAAUGAAUCGUCAAAUGAAUUUACCCGCAAUUCAGAAAAUUAUGAUGGAAUUCGAAAAAGAAUCAGAACUGAUGGAUAUGAAAGAGGAUAUGAUGAAUGAUGUAAUUGAUGAUACUAUGGAGGAUGAAGAAGACGAGGAAGAAAGUGAUAUGAUUGUGAAUCAGGUGCUGGAUGAAAUUGGCAUUACCUUAGACCAAUCGCUUGUCGAUGCACCAAAUAAUAUCGAGAGAGUUUCAACGAAUGAAAGAAUCGCCCAGCCGGCUGAUAUGGAGCCUAAUAAUGAUGCGGCCUUGCAGGCGAGGCUUGAUAACUUGCGAAGAGAAUAA